AUGAAGAAAUUCCUCGUCCUUGCCCUCAUUGUCAUCGCGGCGACCACCACGGCCGCCGAACCCUUUACUGCAUUCCGUAUUGCUUCGGAGCCGCAACAUCCAUCAUCUCCAGAGCAGCAACCAACUCUGCAGCCACAAGAACAUCCAGUUCCACAUCAAAAGUUGAACCCUUGCAGGGAUGCCCUCCUACACCAGUGUAGCCCAGUAGCUGAUAUGUCGUUCCUCCGGUCACAAGUGGUGCAACAUAGCAGCUGCUUGGUAAUGUGGGAGCAGUGUUGUCAGCAACUAAAAGCGAUCCCCAAGCAGUCAAGAUGUGAGGCCAUCCACAACGUCGUGCACGCCAUUAUUUUGCAACAGCAAAAACAAUUGGUACAAGGUACUUCAACCCAACCUCAGCAGCAGCAACAACAAGGUCAACAAGAACAUGGUCAGGGUUCUAGCCAGCCACAACACCAACAACAACAACAACAACUGGAUCAGGGUUGGAUCGUGGCGAUAGGGACAUGGGUGAUUCAGACCGUUCCGGCAAUGUGCGACGUGCAUGUUCCACCAUACUGCUACACCACCAUAUCAUCAUCGAGUGACGUCACUACCGGAAUGGGCGGCUACUGA